CGCUAAGAUCCAUGACAACAGCCGGUCUUUGCCGUCAGUGGUAGGACGUAUGGUAGUUGUUUCUGGCAACGUGUUGAUUGUAAAGAAAGACAUGACUUCACCGUUAGUGCACGAAAAAAUAUGGUUCGAAAAAUUCAGAUAUGACGAAGCAGAGCGACAGUAUUUUGAGAAACUGGCAAAGGGAUCUUCUAACACUCCCUUAAAAAGCUCUUUGGCAGGAGAAGUAGCAAAGGCUCGGCAGCAUAUAAAAAAUUCUUUAGAAUGUAUGGAUGGUAUAGCGGCCUUGGCAACAAAUGUAAAUGUUGAACUUGUUAACAGACUGAAUUCCUUGGAGAAGAGCAACACUGAACUCAACAGCCUUGUGAAAGAUCUGCAAGCUGUUAUUAAACAACUGGACUCUCGUGUUAAAGUGCUGGAAACAAAUUCAAAUAAGCCAAGCCACGCGGCCACUGUAGCACCAGCUCCUACACAGGAGAAAACAGUAGAUGACAAUGAUGAUGGAGUCGACCUUUUUGGAUCUGAUUCUGAGGAAGAAAGUGAAGAAGCUAAGAAAAUAAAAGAACAGAGGUUAGCAGAGUAUGCGGCAAAGAAAUCAAAAAAACCAGCACUAAUUGCAAAGUCAAAUAUUAUUCUGGAUGUGAAACCAUGGGAUGAUGAAACUGACAUGAAAUUGUUGGAGGCUGAAGUACGCAAAAUAUCAAUGGAUGGUCUUCUUUGGGGUGCAUCAAAACUUGUACCUCUUGCUUAUGGAAUACAUAAACUUCAGAUUUCAUGUGUUGUGGAAGAUGACAAAGUAUCUGUUGAUGUACUUCAAGAAGCAAUAGAAGCAAUUGAAGAUUAUGUCCAAAGUGUGGAUAUUGCUGCUUUCAACAAGGUUUAAUCCCUUCAGAAGAAGCGCCAACCCAAGAUCAUUCCAUGUGAUUUUAAUGAUGUGAGAAUUUGUACCAGUUUGAUAGGUUUCAAUUUGAGUUUCCUUACAAAAUACAUCCAUCAUUGUUGUGAAACUUUUGUAGUACCAAAUGUCCUAACUCCAUAUCACUUAUUUGUUACUGAAAUUUUGUUAUACAGCACUAAAAAGUAAAUAAUCUGAACACAUUA